AUGUCCAUCAACUCUGAUGAAGUCAACUAUCUCGUAUGGAGGUAUCUCCAAGAAUCAGGACUCGAAGUUUCAGCUUUUGCUCUUUCUGAUGAAUCCACAGUGCAAAAAUUCGACAAGAGAUAUGGUGAAUCCAUUCCAAUAGGUUCAUUAGUUAAUUUAUUACAAAAGGGGAUAUUAUAUUCACAAGCGGAUCAACUAGUUAAACAGAAUGGUGAUGUUCAAGAAGAUAAGUUUUAUGAUGAAAAAUUUAGUGUUUUCCAUGCUUUAAAUGCUGAUAGUGGGAUUAAUCCACCUUUAGAAUCAAAAGAUCGUUUUGCAAAAAUUGAUCCAAAUGAAACAAAUGAGGAAGUCAAGGAUAAAGAAGGUGAUCAUGUUAUGAAUGGGGAUGAGAAUGGUCAUGAUACCAAGGAUGUUAAAGAACAAUCACCAGAUUUUAUUAAAAUUUUAAAGAAAAAAUUUACAUUUGAACCAAGUACUUAUUCUGAUUUUAAUCCAACUGCUUCCACAGUAUUAUCAUUUGGUUUAAGUGAUGCAAGAGCCAAAAUUGCAGUAAUUUUACCAAAUUCUGAAAUCAAACCAUUAAUCUUAAAUCAUCCUCCAUCAUCUUCAUUUAAUACAUCAAAUGAUGUUACAAUAUUAAAAUGGUCACCAAUGGGGAAUUUAUUAGUUACAGGUGUAGAAUCUGGUGAAUUAAGAUUAUGGGCUGCAGAUGGGAAAUUAAUUAAUGUAUUAUACCUACAUCAUUCUCCAAUAUUGAUUUUAAAAUGGAGUCCAUCGGGGAAAUAUUUAUUAAGUUCUGAUAUUAAUAGUAAUUUAAUUAUAUGGGAUGUUACCACAGGGAAUAUAAUUAUGGAUUUAGAUUUAUUGAAAAAAAAUGAAACCACUGUGCAUAAUGAAUCAGAUGAAACUAUAAACUUGGGUAUUGAUGCAACAUGGAUUGAUGAUUCAAAAUUUAUUAUACCAGGAUUAAAUGGUAGUGUAUUAGUUUUCAAUAUUGAUAAUAAAACACCAUGGGGUACAUUAAUUGGUCAUACAAAAGCUAUAUCAUCAAUAAAAUAUAACAAAGAAAAUUCAAUGUUAUUAACAUCAUCAGAUGAUCGAACUAUAAGAAUAUGGAAUGGUAAUGGAUUCAAUAAUUGUUCAUUAUUAUCAGGUCAUUCUCAACCAGUAACAUAUUCGGAUUGGAUAACAAAUGAUUUUAUAAUAAGUUGUUCCCUAGAUGGCUCUUUAAGAAUUUGGGAUAUAAAUUUCAGUAAACAAACUUCAAUAAUAGUAAUGGAUGGUGUACCAAUUUUACAUGGUGAAUUAUCACCAGAUAAAAAAUCAAUUGCAGUGGGGAAUAUUGAAGGUGAAAUUUCAAUUUUUAGUAUAGAUUUAUUAUUACCUGAUGAACAAUUAAAAUUAAUUGGUGAAUAUCAACCAUUGAUACCAAAUGAUGAUUUAGAAAAUAAUUUAAUAACAAGUUUAAAAUGGAGUUCUGAUUCAAAAGAUGUUGUUGUUACUUAUUCUCAUAGUGAAAGUGUUGUUGUGUCGGGGGAAUAG